AUUUAUCUUUGACGUGAACCGGCAUUUUCCCACAACACCCUGCUCCUUCUCGAACAGAUGAUGAAAAUGGCGGACAACGCAUCAUCGGUCGAAAUUGUUGAAGGCUGUCGCCUACCAGUUCUUCGUAAAAAUCAAGAACACGAGGACGAAUGGCCUUUGGCUGAAAUUUUAAGUGUGAAGGAAGCUUCUUCAAGAAAACUCUACUAUGUGCACUACAUUGACUUCAACAAGCGUCUGGAUGAGUGGGUCACGUCAGAUAGGCUUGACUUGAAGAAGCUUCAGUUCCCUAAGAAGGAAGCAAAAACGCCAACAAAGAAUGGCCUACCCGGGUCCCGUCCCAGCUCUCCAGAGAGGGAAGUGAGGAAGAGUCUAGAUCUCAAUCUACAAUCUGCUACACCACCUUCCAGAGGCAAAACCCUCCCCCAACUGGUGUUGGGUCAUGCUGCUCUACAUGGAAAUAAACGGACUGUGAUACAAAAUAAUGAUCGAGACAUGCAGAUCAAUCUGGAAGCAGUUCAGCAGACAGUAUAUACAAAUAAAAGGAAAGUAGAGACUGUCCCCUUGGCGCCUCAGGUCUCCCCGGCCACCCCUGUCCCCUCUCUGCCAAGUUCGACUGAAGCCACUCAGGCCUCUGUUUUUCCUGUUGUGAGGGAAACCACUACCUUUAAGGCCCGUGAAGAACACGAACCGCUCGCCUCACUUACCACGCAGAAUGGCACUGCUCGACGACUCAUUCCCGCACAGCCUGGGAGGAAGAGAAAAGCCAACUGUGGGGGAAAUGAUGAGAUGAUAAAGGUUUUGCAGUAUAACAACCCUCAAAGUGCCAAUGUCUUUCUACCACCACCAGAGGAUUCCCAGGACAGUUCAGAUGGUAUCCCAUCUGCACCCCGCAUGACGGGCAGUCUGGUGUCUGACCGCAGCCAUGAUGACAUUGUCACCAGGAUGAAAAACAUAGAGUGUAUAGAGCUGGGACGUCACAGACUGAAGCCAUGGUACUUCUCGCCGUACCCACAGGAGCUCACCACAUUGCCCAUUCUCUACCUCUGUGAAUUCUGCCUCAAGUACCUCAAAAGCCUGAAAUGUCUCCAGAGGCAUUUGACAAAAUGCCAUCUGAGACAUCCUCCAGGAAACGAGAUCUACCGUAAAGGCACCAUCUCAUUUUUUGAGAUUGAUGGCAGAAAAAACAAAAAUUAUUCCCAGAACCUGUGUUUACUUGCCAAAUGUUUUCUGGACCACAAAACUUUAUAUUACGACACAGACCCUUUCCUUUUUUAUGUAAUGACGGAAUAUGACUCCAAAGGCUUCCACAUAGUGGGCUACUUCUCUAAGGAAAAAGAGUCAACAGAAGAUUAUAACGUUGCCUGUAUCCUGACAUUACCUCCUUACCAGCGUAGAGGCUACGGCAAACUGCUCAUUGAGUUUAGUUAUGAGCUUUCAAAGGUUGAGGGAAAGACCGGCACCCCUGAAAAGCCGCUUUCGGACCUAGGGCUUCUAUCCUAUCGUUCCUACUGGUCACAGACCAUCUUGGAGAUUCUCAUGGACCUUAAACCUGACAACGGAGAAAGGCCACAGAUCACGAUCAACGAGAUCAGUGAGAUCACAAGUGUAAAGAAGGAGGAUGUCAUUUCAACACUUCAGUACCUCAAUCUAAUCAACUAUUACAAGGGUCAGUACAUCCUGACUCUCUCUGAGGACAUUGUGGAGGGACAUGAAAGAGCAAUGCAGAAGAGACACUUGCGCAUAGAUCCUAAAUGCCUUCACUUCACGCCCAAGGAUUGGAGCAAGAGGGGCAAGUGGUAGUCACCGUCACAAACCUGAAACAGUGGGUCACAAAGCUUUUAACAGUCUAACCUUGAAACUGUUUUGGACCCUGGACUCUUAUUUAAGAAAAAAAGCAAUGAACAUGAACUCACUGGAGAUGAGUGAGACCUUAUUGUGAAUAUUCUUCAUAAAUUGUGAACUUAAGCUCUCAAACAGUGGCACAGCCAAAAAGACACAUUCUUGUUUAUUACUUAAACAGUGCAUUAUAGGUGUAAAUUUAAGUCUGCAAUGGUGAACAUACUGUACCAACAAUCAAAUGAAAACAAAAUGCUGGUUUGUGGAUCAAAAAUGUCCAGUUUGUUAGAACCUAAACCUUCUGUUAACAUAUUACAGGCAGUUUUUCCCCCUCUGAUUCUUUUGUGUUUGCCACACAAAGAAUUAAAAAGUCAGGACAAUUAUGUUUCCCAGGAACACAGGCAAGUAGACUUUCUUGUGUGGUGUUUUUGUUUUCAUUCAUUUAAUUUAAAGUCUUAGUGGGUGUAUACUGUAUUAGACUUGUAGUCUUGUACCACUCAAUGAGCAUUGGGACAACAACUUUCUGAACAACACUCCACAGUGUCACUUUGAGAAAUAAUUUCUUUACCGUGUGCAGAUUUGGAAACCUGUGAAAAAGCCAGUUCCUGGGAACCGGAGCCCACUGUCAAAGGGACCUGCUAUACUAACUCCCACAAUUAUUAAUCAUGGCUUUGUAGGAUAUGUAUCCUGAAUGUGUAUAUAGAUAAAAAGCACAGGGAAUCACAUUUUCAGAGCUGUAUGUGUGAUAUCUGCUCAUUUAGUCACAUUUCAACACAGUCAUCUUAUGAUUGUGCAAAAUUUUAAUGUCUUGAGGACAGUGUGCUCGUAAAAACCCAUGCGUAGGACUGCAGCUACUUUAGUGUCAUCGUAUAAAUCAAACAUGGCUCACUUGUUGAAGUAUUUAUAGUCACACAGCCAGAAUUACUUUAGUGGGGGGCACAAAAAUCCAAAAAUAGACAUAACGUAUUGCUGCUUAAGAACCAACUUGGUCAAAUCAGGUUUAUCUUUUAUGACGGUAAUGCUGCUUUUCAUUCCCCUUUUUUUUGAAUAGUGGGGCGUAUUUAUAUUUUAUAUAAUGAUUCAGGUGAAUUUUAUUUUACUUUUUUUUUCUCAGAUAACACACUGUUAUGACCUUCUGUGCACCAUGUGCAGUCAGUUCCCCAAGUUAAACAUCGUCCCUGUGUUUGUACUGAAGCUGAUUGUAAAAUUGAUUAGAAGACAGAAGCCAUGUUGAACUGUUAGAGGAAUGUAAAUUUUUUGUACAGUUGUCAUUUUUUUUUUUUUUACUUAAUGUACUAAUACGCUGCACAUUAUUAACAGGAGAAGACCAUUCAAUUCAAGUGAUAUAUUUCUGUGUGUGUUUUAUGUUUACAUGUCAAAAAGGAUGUUAAAUUUGCCCUGUUGAUACUUAGUAUAUCUGUAUGUGAAACACAGUUGAGCGUAUGAAUGUUUGGUGUAAAAAAACUUGAUAAAUUGGUUAAAAAUGCUAACAAAAAGGUAUAAAAGCCUAAAAGAUGUUUUAAUCUGUGACUUUAAA